CAUAAGUUCAAUUAAGAGCAAGAAACCUGAGAAAAGGACUUUGCUUUUGAUUAUCAGCUUUCGCCGGGUGUUGCAUAUAUAUAUCUUUGCUAGUACCUUCUAAGAUUGUUAUGUCAAACUCAAUGGGAGGAUUUAUUGACAUGUUGCCAAGAGAUUGUGUAUCCAAAAUUCUUUCUUUCACCUCUCCUGCAGACACAUUCAGAUCUUCAAUGGUGUCAUCCAUGUUUCAUUCUGCGGCGGAGUCUGAUGUUGUUUGGGAGAUGUUCUUGCCAACUGAUUAUAUGGAUGUUGUGUCAAGGCUGAUCACUCCUUUGACAUUUACUACGAAGAAGGAGCUUUUUGUCUGUCUGUGCAAUCCUGUUCUCAUAGAUGUUGGUAGAAAGAGCUUAAAGUUAGAGAAAUCAUCUGGCAAAAUAUCAUAUAUGUUGUCAGCAAGAGAACUUUCUAUAACAUGGAGCAAUGAUCCAAUGCAAUGGAGUUGGAAAUCAAUACCUCAAUCAAGGUUCUCAGAAGUGGCUGAGCUUAGAACAACUUGUUGGUUAGAAAUUCAUGGCAAAAUUAGAACUCAAAUUUUAUCACCAAACACAAGAUAUGGUGCUUAUCUUAUAAUGAAAAUUUCUAAUCGUGCAUAUGGGCUCGAUUCAAUACCGUCUGAAGUGUCAGUUGAGGUGGGCAAUGAAGUAUGUCAUGACAUGACUUAUCUACGUCAUGAAGAUAGAAAGAAGCAACAAAUGGAGUGCAUGUUUUAUAGGAACCGUACAGAAGUGUUGAGUAAGAGAGUGAUAGAGGGCACUGAAGGAAUUUCAAAUGAAAGAAAAGAUGGAUGGAUGGAAAUUGAGCUGGGAGAAUUUUUUAGUGGUGAAGCUAACGAAGAAGUGAAGAUGAGUUUGAUGGAGGUUAAGGGUUAUCAAUUAAAAGGAGGAAUCAUAAUUGAAGGAAUUGAAGUAAGGCCUAUACAUUAAUGAAGGAAUGUUUGCGUUAAACUGAGGGACAAAAAGGCAAAAAGAGUACAACAAAGAUGAUACUAAACAAAAGAAAAAGAUAAAGGUGUUUGCUUUUCCCAGUUUAUGUGUGUAUACUAGAUUUGAUUGAUUCUUUCAUUUGUUUUACGUUUUAAAGUGCAAAUGUAUAAGGUGAAGGAAGAUAGUUGAAAAUAAAGGAUUUUAAUUGUAGAGAAUACAUAGUACAAGCCACACUGUAUAAGAUCUCUUACUAAUUAAAUUUCUACGGACUCCAUUUUCUCGUGGUCCAUUUCCCUUAAAAGGGGUAA